AUGCCGGCGCGCGCGCUGCUCCUGGCCGCGCUGGCCGCGCUGGCGCUGGCCCGAGAGCCCCCGGCGGCGCCGUGUCCCGCGCGCUGCGACGUGUCGCGGUGCCCGAGCCCCCGCUGCCCCGGCGGCUACGUGCCCGACCUGUGCAACUGCUGCCUGGUGUGCGCGGCCAGCGAGGGCGAGCCGUGCGGCCGCCCCCUCGACUCGCCGUGCGGGGAGAGCCUGGAGUGCGCGCGCGGCGUGUGCCGCUGCCGCUGGGCGCGCGCCGUGUGCGGCACCGACGGGCACACCUACGCCAACGUGUGCGCGCUGCAGGCGGCCAGCCGGCGCGCGCUGGAGCUCUCGGGGACGCCCGUGCGCCCGCUGCAGAAGGGCGCCUGCCCAUCGGGUCUCCACCAGCUGACCAGCCCACGGUACAAGUUCAACUUCAUCGCGGACGUGGUGGAGAAGAUCGCGCCGGCCGUGGUCCACAUAGAGCUCUUCCUGAGACACCCUCUGUUUGGUCGCAACGUGCCCCUGUCCAGCGGCUCGGGCUUCAUCAUGUCAGAGGCCGGCUUGAUCAUCACCAACGCCCACGUGGUGUCCAGCACCAACACUGUCUCCGGCCGGCAGCAGCUCAAGGUGCAGCUGCAGAACGGUGACAGCUACGAGGCCACCAUCAAGGACAUCGACAAGAAGUCGGACAUCGCCACCAUCAAGAUCCACCCCAAAAAAAAGCUGCCGGCCCUGCUACUGGGCCGCUCGGCAGACCUGCGGCCCGGCGAGUUCGUGGUGGCCAUCGGCAGCCCCUUUGCCCUGCAGAACACUGUGACCACGGGCAUCGUCAGCACGGCCCAGCGGGACGGCAAGGAGCUGGGCCUCCGGGACUCGGACAUGGACUACAUCCAGACAGAUGCCAUCAUCAACUACGGGAACUCCGGGGGACCACUGGUGAACCUGGACGGCGAGGUCAUUGGCAUCAACACACUCAAGGUGGCAGCCGGCAUCUCCUUCGCCAUCCCCUCAGACCGCAUCACGCGCUUCCUCACGGAGUUCCAGGACAAGCACGUCAAAGACUGGAAGAAGCGAUUCAUUGGCAUACGGAUGCGUACCAUCACACCGAGUUUGGUAGAAGAACUAAAGGCCAGCAACCCAGACUUCCCGUCGGUCAGCAGUGGGAUUUAUGUGCAAGAGGUUGUCCCAAACUCACCUUCUCAGAGAGGGGGCAUCCAAGAUGGCGACAUCAUCGUCAAGGUCAACGGGCGCCCUCUGGCGGACUCAAGCGAACUGCAGGAGGCCAUCCUGACGGAGUCCCCUCUGCUGCUGGAGGUGCGGCGGGGGAAUGAUGACCUCCUGUUCAGCAUCGCACCCGAGGUGGUCCUGUGAGUGUGGGGCCCCUCCCCAUGUCGCCACGUGCCAGAGCCUGCAGCCCGGGACAGGUGCCGGCCGAGAGCUCCCGUCCAGAGCCGCUGACGCGCACAGGGUCAGGACGAAGGACCACGGAUGGUCCUCAGCAGGGCCGGUGGCCUCCUUCUGGCCAUCCAGGGGCAGAGCCACAGGCAGGGCUUGGCCAGGGACCCACCUCAGCCUUUGGGAAGGUUGACACUCCCACAUCACUGUGCCACGGGGGCAGCCGGUGUCCCCCUCGUACAGAUGCUCCUGACGGCCACCUUCCAAGUGCCCAGGAUAUCUAGAACACCCCUCUGGAGUUCCCCACAGGUCCCACCCUCCCUUCUACUCCCUUGCCUUUAUACCUGUCCAACCUCUGUCUAAAUGCCCAACCUGUGCCUACCCCACCCCCUGCUCCCACUCACCUGCUCAGAUCAGUUCCCCAGCCUGUCCUCCCCGACGAAGGUCUCCCAGCCCCUGCCCCAGACACCACAGUGCCCACCACAUUGAAUGACCAAGGCUGUCGCUCUGCCAGCCUGGAGGACCUGGACGGUGGCUGCGUCUGACCCGCUUGGGGCGUCAAGUGUGGGGACCUGGCCCAGAGCAGGCCCCUAAGGGAUGUCCCCUGGUUUCCCAGCCCAACCCUGUGGCUGGUGAUGAGGUUCACCUUCCCAGGCGGGAGAGAGACUGGCCAGGAGCAGAGUGUCUGGGAGGCUGCUUGUCCCCCUGGUGGUGACAAUGGGCCAGCGGGCAGAGGAAGUGUCCUGAUGGGGGGAGGGGUUGCAAGGACUGAGCUGGCUUCGCCUCCCCUGCGCCGUUCUGCACGGGGCCACCGGCUCACAGAAUCAGCCCCCAGAGCGGCUGGGGAGCGCACGUGUGUUGAGGUGUAUUUGUGAGCUUCGCUGUAUAGUGGACCCCCGUUUGCUUGUAUUAUAUGUUUCUCUACUGUGUGGAAAUUAAAGUUUACGAGCACAUG